AUGGCUUCAGAAGCUCGGCUUUCCUUUUCUUUUGCAGUACCUGGGCACUCUACUCUGUUGAUCACUGCUUUGUUUAUCUUGGCCGUCCAAUGUCCUGGAGGAACAACAGCCUUCCCAACAAUGUCUCGCUCCAGCCUCUUUGCCAAUGCAGUACUAAGAGCCCAGCAUCUUCACCUGCUUGCCACAGAUACCUUCAAGGAAUUUGAGCGCUCCUACAUCCCAGAUGACCAAAGGCAGUCCAACAAGAACUCUCAGUCUGCCAUUUGUUCCUCUGAAAACAUCCCUGCACCCACAGGGAAGGACGACGCACAGCAAAAAACAGACAUGGAAUUGCUCAGGUUUUCGCUCACUCUCAUUCAGUCAUGGCUAAGUCCUGUACAGCACCUCAGUAGGAUGUUCACUAAUACUCUGGUCUUUGGUACAUCGGAUAGAGUCUAUGAAAAACUUCAGGACUUGGAACAAGGAAUUCUGGCUCUGAUGCGGGAACUGGAGGAUGGGAGCACUUGGGGCCUUCAGCUUUUCAGACCUAUUUAUGAGAAGUUUGAAUCCAAUCUCCGGAAUGAAGGCUCAUUGCUAAAAAAUUACGCUCUCCUGUCCUGCUUCAAAAAGGACCUGCAUAAGGUGGAGACCUACCUAAAAGUGAUGAAAUGCAGGCAUUCUGAGGAAAUUAACUGCACAAUCUGAAGGCAGAAAUUUCCUACCUCUCCAUCACUUCACUUCUUGUGCCAUUUCCUAACACUUGCUGGAGUGACUGUGUCGCUGAUCCCUCUGUUAUGACUUCCUGCAACCCUGGGUCAAAUCAAUAAAGUGUAUUGCUUUUCCUAGCUCUUUUAUUUUGAGUGCCAUCUAUAUACUGUAUACCCUUAUAUUUGUAAAAUGUAUGUGCAAUUUUGCCUCCGAAUAAUAAAUGCUGUAAGCCUAGCCUAUGCAAAAGUUAUCUGACUAUAAAUAAAAAAAACUUUCAUUUUAAAAGAAUCACAAUUUUAAAUUGAUAACUGCACAUUCUGAAUGCAAUAAACAGCUUUCCACUCUACUUUCCCCAUCACAAUGCAAAAGAACCCUAUGAUAAUACUAGAUCACAGAUUUUUAAGGAAACUCUGGGAGAAUGAUUCUACCAAUGGCCAUAAUAACUAUGGGUGGAUUUACAUUGCCAUAUAAUGAAAUUUAAAUUGUGUUGAAUGACAUUCCAUUCCAGUAUUGAUCCAGCCUACUAUAAAUGCAACCUACCAGUCUAGGAGCGGUAUAUCUAGAGGGAUGUCGACUUCCCCAACACAUCUGGCUGGCUAAUGCUAUAAAUAUAAUACUAGACAAUUUGUAUAAUACAAAUUGUUUUUGAGAUUGUUAUAUAAAACAAUAUGCAUCCCCUCUUUUACUACAAUGAAUAUUCAAUCCUGUAGUAUAUAAAGCUGGGAGAAUGGUAGGGAAUUAAAAAGGAGUAUGCUUCUAUUGUUAUUGAAAUAAUAUUAUAUCUAUAGUGAGUUAAUAAGUUUCAUUAGGCUCAGUGUCUAUAUAUAAGAACUUUAAAAAAAAUUAUACCUUGUAGAGCAGAGGUGUCAAACUCAUGUUCAUCAAGGACCACAUCAAUCUUAUGGUUCUCUUUCAACGGCCGUUGGA